GCAGCCUUGACUUCACCUUGCUGGCUCGAGCACAAGCAGUCAUCCCACCUCAGCUGGAACUAGAGCUGGGUCUCACUCACUCUGUUGCCUAGACUAGUCUCAAGCUCCCGGGCUCAGGUGAUCCUCCCAUCUUAGCCUCCUGAGUAGCUGGGACUAUAGGCAUGCACCAGCACACCCAGCUAAUUAUUUUUUUUGUAGAGAUGGGAUCUCUCUAUGUUGCUUAGGCAGGUCUUAAGCUCUUGGGCUCAAGUGAUCCUCCCGCCCUGGUCACCUAAAGGGCUGGGAUUACAGGCCUGUGCCAUCACGCCCGGCCCAGCCUGCCCUCCUGACCUGACAACUGAAGCUCUACUGAAGACUGCAGCAGGGCAUCCAGGCUGUGGAUCCCCACACACCAGCUCUGACUCAGUUGCCCAUAUGCCCUGGGAAGCCAGUGGCUCCCACCAAACCUCAUAUUUUCUUCCAUAAAACAGAGCUGUGCUGAGGAUUCCCUGUGGCUACCAUGUCCAGGAGCCCAGCACCAGUUCAAAGCUAAGGCCAUCCCUGCAUCUCACCUUUCCUCCCUCUCACACAUACACUACAUCUGCCUCACCUCUCAAAAAGAACAUCUGCAGUCAUAAUUCCUGAUGUUCUUGUUACUUGCCACCCCCUAAAGGCAUUUCCUGUGGGUUCAGGGGAACCUGAGUUGAAAAACUUGGGCGUUGUGAAGGUGAAGCCAGAGGGCCACAAGCUGAGUGAACACAGCAGUUGUGAAAAGUCCCAGGUGCUUCCUGGGGACAGGGAGACACCACAGACCAAAAAGCAAAGGGGCCUCUGAUGUGACUUCAAUAUCAAGUCUUGAUGCAGAUGGCCAGGUAUUAGGCGUCCAUCAAUUUCUCCCAAGAGCCACUUCGCACCAGGAGCAGGCAAGAAGGGUAAAGAGGAGCCAGAUUGAAGCAGGGCUCCUUGUUGUGAACUGAACGCGAGCCCAGGAAUCUCGUCCAGCAAGAGGGUCCCAAACCUGGAAGAGAGCGUGCACCGAAAAAAAAGGAGAUAGAAAGGAGCGAGGUCUAGAGGGCUACAUGCGCUAUGCCCAUGCAGCAAUUUUAUUUUUGCAAUAUGUUCCAUUAUAUACUUUUCUGAAGUUAAUGUUGUUUACACCAGAUCAACAUACUUAAGUUACAGUAAGCAAGUUACGCCCACUAUGUUACGCCCAGUAAGUCAGUUACGCCCAGUAAGUUACGGUAAGUUAAGCCCAGCAAGUAAAUUACGCCCAGUAAGUACUUAACAAUUCUAAGCAAGUUACAGUUACGCCCAGUAAGUAGGUUACGUCCAGUAAGUAGGUUAUGCCCAAUAGGUCAAGGUAAGUAAGUUACAGUCACGCCCAGUAAGUUAUGGUAAGUUACAGUUACACCCAGUAAGUUACAGUAAGUUACCAAGUGUAAAUACUUAAGUUAAUAUUUUACAAUGAAGGUAACAAGGGUCCAAAAUGAACACAAUCAAGGAAUAAACCAUAAGGAGCCAAAAGUAGACACAAUGCCUCCCAAGUUCUCAUAUUCAUAAAGUAAUGUCUGUUAAUUAUUAGAAUAACAUAGUCUCUCUCUCGAUUCCUGCUUUCCCUCAGCUCGACUCCCCCAACCAGGGAUCUGUGUCCGGGCUCAAGCUCACGGUAUGGCGAGGCCCAUUUCCUAGGGGCCUCACACAGGAGCGAUCCCCACAGGUCCCUCAGCUCCUUCGCUUGCAAGCCACACAGGUGGCCAGAGAGACUCUGUGUGUGUGUGUGUGUGUGUGUGUGUGUGUGUGUGUGUGUGUGUUUCUUCUGAAGCUCAGGAUGCCCCAAAUAUUUCUGCUGAAGCCUCAGGCUGGGCCUCUGCCUAAGAUGCCAUUGAGUAGCCCAGAUACUGGGGCUCCAGCGUUUGUCACCAGCUGGCACCCAAAUGUGGGAGGUAGGCAGGCCAGUGUCCCUCGUGCCCUUUUUGCCUAUCUGGCCCUGUGUCCCUAUGCCACUUUGCUGGGGAGAGUCUUUUCACCUAUACCUCCUCUGAGUCGACUCUGGGCAGAAACACAAAUGUGUAUCAGGCACAUGCUUUCCCCAAAAGAUGGAUGACCAGUUGUGUGAUCAGGGCUGUUAUAGGGGCUGAAGGGUCCUGAGGAGUCCAGGUCUAGCCAUGUUUAGGCAUAUCCUGCUGCAUUUUCCAUCCACCUGACCCAAAUACACCACCUGAACUCGCAGCCAGGUAUGCCCACACCGCAUGGAGGGGCCUUGACACACAUACCCUGCCCCUUUCUCCAAGCCCAGGAGCAACUGCCCAGACUUCCCUCAGGGCACCUUGGUCUGCUGGAGACUACACAGUGCCUGGGAGGGUGCCUGGGGAGGGUCACAAGGGACAUGGUGUUAGAAGCAAGAAAAACGUAGGGACCAGAAAAGUUGUGGUGCAUCCCGGAAGGGAUACGGGUCAGUUUAAGCAGGGAUGUGGGAGUCCACCCCUGGCCUUGCCAGGUGUAGAGGCGCGUGGGCCAGACAUUCGCGGCAGGACUCGGGGGAACACGCCAAGAGGCGGAAGGGGCACGUGGAGACCCAAGGAGGCGGCCGGAAGAAGCGUGCCGGGCGGUUGGCCGCUGCCGGGCGGCGGCAGUUGGCAACCUGUGGCUUGCCAGGAGAAGUCGGGAGUCCAGCCGGGCCGCGGCCGCAAUGGCCAAGGACUCGCCGGGCCCCUUGGGCGCAUCGUCCAAGAAGCCGGGCUGCCCCAGCCCGGCGGCAGCAGUGCUGGAGAACCAGAGGCGGGAGCUGGAGAAGCUACGGGCGGAGCUGGAGGCGGAGCGAGCGGGCUGGCGGGCAGAACGGCGGCGCUUCGCUGCGCAGGAGCGUCAGCUGCGGGAGGCGGCAGAGCGGGAGCGGCAGCAGCUGGCUGACCAUCUGCGCUCCAAGUGGGAGGCACAGCGUUGCCGGGAGCUGCGGCAGCUGCAGGAGGAGAUGCAGCAGGAGCGAGAGGCGGAGAUCCGGCAGCUGCUGCGCUGGAAGGAGGCCGAAUUGCGGCAGCUGCAGCAACUGCUGCACCGCGAGCGUGAUGGCGUGGUGCGCCAAGCCCGGGAGCUGCAGCGCCAGCUGGCCGAGGAGCUAGUGAACCGCGGCCACUGCAGCCGCCCGGGGGCGUCCGAGGUCUCCGCCGCGCAGUGCCGCUGUCGCCUGCAGGAAGUGUUGGCGCAGCUUCGCUGGGAGACUGACGGCGAGCAGGCGGCGCGCAUCCGCUAUCUGCAGGCGGCUCUCGAGGUGGAGCGCCAGCUCUUCCUCAAGUACAUCCUGGAGCACUUCCGCGGGCAUCCCGCUGUAUCGGGAUCCCCAGACACCCAGGCUGUGCAUUCCUUGGAAGACCUGCUGCCCCAGACCUCGAGCGGCUCUUGCUAUGCCCCCAACCCCGCCAGUCGACUCGGAUCUCUUGAUAGCCUGAGUGCCAGAGUCCGUGUCUGCUCUGGCUCUCUAGACCUGGUGUCCUCUGCAUGCUCCAGCUCCCUAGAUGGUCUGCUGUCCACGCGCGCCAGCUCCCUUGAUUCCUUCACACCACCGCGUUCCCGCUCUCUUGACAGCACCCGGAGUCUCCCCAAGGCCUCCAAAUCCGAGGAGCGGCCCUCCUCACCAGACAUCUCCACCCCUGGCUUCCGGAGUCUCCCGCCGCCGCCGUUGCCACUCCUGCCGCCAUCACCACCACCAUCAGUCCACGGGAAACUCAGCAACCCUCGGAGAGGAGAAGGCCCCGAGAGCAAGCCCUGCGAAGUCCUGACUCCCUCAUUCCCGGGCCUGGGCCACCAAGCGCUGAUAAGGCUGAACUGGCUGCUGGCCAAGGCAUUGCGGGUGCUGGCGUGCCGCUGUUCUAUCCUGCACGAGGAGAACAAGCAGCUGCGGCGUGCAGGCUUCCUCUACCAGGCAGACGAGAAGGUGAAGCGGCUCAAGGUGAAGCGCGCGGAGCUGACCGGGCUCGCGCAGCGCCUGGCGGACGGGGCCCGUAAGCUGCAGGAGACCAACCUUCGGGCAGUGAGCGCUCCUGUGCCCAGCGAGAGUUGCGUCGGCCUGGAGCUAUGCCAGGCCUUUGCCAGCCAGCGCGCCCAGGACCUGUCGGAGCAGGCGAGCGCGCUGCUGGCCAAGGACAAGCAAAUCGAAGAGCUGCGGCAGGAGUGCCACCUCCUGCAGGCGCGUAUGGCCUCCGGCCCCUGCAGAGACCCGCAUCCUGGAAGGGAAAGUCCCUGUACACAGUGGCUCAACAUUAGCGACUUGGACCGCCUGCAGCGCGAGUCCCAGCGGGAAGUGCUGCGCCUACAGAGGCAGUUGACGCUUCCACAGGGCUACGGUGGCGCCCGGCCCGAGGCGGGCGGCCAGAGCGCAACCUGUGAGGAGAUGCGGCAGCAGAUGCUGGCGUUGGAGCGCCAGCUGGACGAGCGGCGGCGCGAGUGCGAGGAGCUGGGCGCCCAAGCGGCAGCGGCGCGGCGGCGCGGCGAGGAGGCGGAGGCACAGCUGCAGGCGGCGCUGCUCAAAAACGCCUGGCUGGCGGAGGAGAAUGGUCGGCUGCAGGCCAAGGCCGACUGGGUGCGGAAGGUGGAGACUGAGAACAGCGAAGUACGCGGCCACCUGGGCCGCGCGUGUCAAGAGCGCGAUGCCGCCGGCUUGAUGGCUGAGCAGCUGCUGCAGGAGGCGGUGCGUGGGCAGGACAGCCAGCAGCAGCUGCAACACGACCCCCAGAAGGGCCAGUGUGACCUCCAUGCUUCCCGGAAGGAGAUGCAAGCGCUGCAGUGUCACCCUGAUCACCCUCCCCAACAGCCCCAGGAGACCAGUCAAAUGCCGGAGUCCCAAGUUAAGGGUAGCAGAAGGCCCAAGUUCCAGCCACGGCCUGAAGAGUACUCACGGUCACAGCCCAGCAGAGGCAUACAGGAGAAAAGGGAAGCCUCCCUCGAGGAGAGCCCAGUUGCCCUUGGGGAGCCAGCCAGUGUCCCCCAAGUUUCAGAGACAGUCCUUGCCAGCCGACCUCUGUCCAAGAAAACUAGCUCCCAGUCAAACUCCUCCUCUGAGGGGUCGAUGUGGGCCACCGUGCCAUCCUGCCCUACUCUGGAUGGGGACACAGCCACUGAGGUGGAUGACCUCCAGUGUGACAGUGUGUCCCUGGCCCUGGAAGUGGGGAGCCUGGUGGCUCCUGCUACCCCCAAGCUCAAGAUCUUCAUGGCUCAGUAUAACUACAACCCAUUUGAGGGGCCCAAUGAUCACCCCGAAGGUGAGCUGCCCCUCACAGCUGGGGACUAUGUAUACAUCUUUGGAGACAUGGAUGAGGAUGGUUUCUAUGAGGGGGAGCUUGAGGAUGGCCGACGGGGGCUGGUGCCCUCCAACUUGGUGGAGCAGAUUCCAGACAGCUACAUCCCAAGCUGCCUGCCUGCCAAAUCCCCUGACCUUGGCCCCAAUCAACUUCCAGCUGGGCAGGAUGAAGCUCUAGAGGAAGACAGCUUAUUACCUGGGGAACCCCAGGGAGUGGUGGACGGAGGGCUGUGCCAGAUGGGAAGUGUGGGCUCCAAGACAGAAGCAGCAACAGAUGUCCUGGAUACCAAGAUGGAAGCCUGCCAGCUGGGCUUGCCGCAGAGGGUGGGGAAGCAGGGCCUCUCCAGACCCCUUCUGGGCACCAAAGGGGUUCUCUGUUUGGCCCCCAUGCAGCUACACCUGCAGAAUGUCACAGCCACAUUGGCCAAGAUCACCUGGGUCUAUAGCAGCUGCCACCACCCCCACAUGGUGUAUCUUGAUGACCAAGAGCAUGCCCUGACCCCAGCGGGUGUGAGCUGCUACACCUUCCAGGGUCUGUGCCCCGGCACACACUACCAGGCACGGGUGGAGGUGCGGCUGCCGUGGGACUUGCUGCAGGUGUACUGGGGAACAAUGUCCUCCACCAUCACCUUCGACACACUCUUGGCAGGACCUCCCCACCCACCACUGGAUGUGCUGGUGGAGCGCCAUGCCUCUCCAGGUGUCCUGGUGAUCAGCUGGCUCCCUGUGACCAUUGACUCAGCUGGGUCCUCCAAUGGAGUCCAGGUCACCGGUUAUGCUGUGUAUGCAGAUGGGCUCAAGGUUUGCGAGGUCGCCGAUGCCACUGCUGGGAGCACCCUGUUGAAGUUCUCCCAACUACAGGUGCCCCUAAUGUGGCAGAAGAUCUCAGUGAGAACCAUGUCACUCUGUGGCGAGUCCCUGGAUUCAGUGCCGGCUCAGAUCCCUGAGGACUGCUUCAUGUAUCAUCGAUGGCCAGAGACACCUCCCUUUAGCUACAUUUGUGGAGACCCAUCCACCUACAGAGUCACCUUCCCCGUCUGCCCCCAGAAGCUGGCACUGGCUCCUCUGAGUGCCAAAGCCAGCCCCCACAACCCUGGAAGCUGUGGGGAGCCCCACGCUAAGUUCCUAGAAGCAUUCCUUGAAGAAUCCCCUAGAAGGCAAUCCCCAGUGUCCAACCUGGGCUCAGAAGAAGAAUGUUCAAGUUCAGGGGCUGGCAGCCAAGUUCAGGAGCUUGCAGAGGCCUGGGAGGGCUGUAGAAAGGACCUGCUUUUUCAGAAAAGUCCCCAGAACCAUAGGCUACCUUCGCUCAGUGACCAGCCUGGGGAGAAGGAAAAUUGCUGCCGGCACAUGGGCACCAGCAAAAGCCCUGCGCCAGUAUUCAUCCAUCUACCCACUGAGUGUGGGGCCAGGAAGGAACCAAGUCAGGAAAAGGCUGCCUUUGAGAGGGUCCUUAGGCAAAAGCAACAUGCCCAAGGGCUCACACCUCCCCAGCUGGGCGCCAGCCAACAGUACACAUCUGACUUCCAUAACAUUUGGGAGGAGGAGCAGGAGGCACUGUGCUUGGAUCUGUGGGGCACGGAGAGGCAAGAGAAGAAGAGGGAGCCCAGGCCCCAGAGCAGACAUGGAAAGGCUCUGGGGGGCAAGAGAGAGUGCCAGCUGCAUGAGUCCAGCUUGGCACUGUGUCCAGCUCCAUCCAGCAAAGUCAUCAAGAUGCCCAGGGGUGGCCCCCAACAACUGGGGACAGGGGCCAACACUCCAGCCAGGGUCUGUGUAGCCCUCUCUGAUUACAACCCUCUGGUGAUGUCUGCCAACCCCAAGGCUGCAGAAGAGGAGUUGGACUUCCAGAAAGGGCAGUUGCUAAGAGUGUGGGGCUCUCAAGACACCCAUGGCUUCUACCUUGGUGAGUGCAACGGGCAAGUGGGCAAUAUCCCCGCGCACCUAGUGGCUGAGAUGGAGGUGAGCACAGAGCAGACUGACAGGAGGUGGCAUUUGCCGGCCCAAGGACACCUGCCUUCUAUGGCCCACCUUGAAGACUGGGGGAUGGGGCUCACCAUCCCCCAGGGUUCCUCCCCGAUGCUCCAACAGAACUCCAAGAGACCCCCACUGUGGACUCCAAAGACCAUGAUAGCAGCUCUGGACUAUGAUCCCAGGGAUGGGCAAACAGGGGGCCAGGUGAAGGGCAGGCUGGCGCUGAGGGCAGGAGAUGUAGUCAUGGUUUACGGGCCUAUGGAUGAACAGGGACUCUAUUAUGGAGAGUCGGGCGGCCACAGGGGCCUGGUCCCAGCCCACCUGCUGGAUCACAUGUCCCUCCAUGGACACUGAGCAAGCAUCCUUGCCCAGGUAGUGGCCUCAGGCUGCUCACACCCUGCCAGAGGAGAAGCAAGCUUGCAGACCCUCACACCAGCACCCCUCCUCGCCACCAUAAGUAGCAUGUGCUCCAAGCGCCACCAUGAUAAGCUGAUGGUAGUCCUUAAGUGUCUCCAAGGCUCUGAAAGUAGCAGACUUAAGUCUGAGUUAUUUUCAAAAGAAAACAAAACCAGCCAACCCCUGAGAGUUUGAGAGGCUGUUUCAAAGCUGCUGAUCACUAUGGCAGGUAUUUGGAUAAGUGCCUUUUUCUGUGACCAAUGUGUGUUUUCUCUAGGAGGUUAAGGUUAUCCAUCCAUUGUCUUGUGUGAAAGUCUCAAGAAAAGUCUACAUCUU